GCGGGCAGAGGGAAGGGAAGAUGGCGGAGGAGGAGAAGCUGCCCGCGGGGUGGGAGAAGCGCAUGAGCCGCAGCUCCGGCCGGGUGUAUUACUUUAACCACCUGACGAACGCCAGCCAAUGGGAGCGGCCGAGCGGGGGCGCGCGGGCGGAGCCGGGCCGCGUGCGCUGCUCGCACCUGCUGGUCAAGCACAACCAAUCGCGGCGGCCGAGCAGCUGGAGGCAGGAGCGCAUCACCCGCUCCAAGGAGGAGGCGCUGGAGCUCAUCAACGGUUACAUCCAGAAGAUCAAAUCAGGAGAGGAGGAUUUUGAAUCUUUGGCUUCGCAGUUCAGCGACUGCAGCUCAGCCAAGGCUGGGGGGGAUCUGGGAGCAUUCGGGAGAGGGCAGAUGCAGAAGCCGUUCGAGGACGCCUCGUUCGCGCUGCGGGCCGGUGAGAUGAGCGGCCCCGUGUUCACGGAAUCCGGGAUCCACAUCAUCCUCCGCACGGAGUGAAGUGCCUUGGGAGGGUGGGGCCUCCCGGGAAUCCCGUGGGAAUGGGCGGGAAUCCACGGGGAGCCCGUGGGGAUCCGCGGGAAUCUAUGGAGGCCCUCAGGAAUCCAUGGGGAAGCCACGGGAAUUCGCAGAAAUCCUGGGGGAUCCGUGGAGGUCUGUUGGGAUCUGUAGAAAUCUGUUAACGCUGCAGGAAGCCAUGGGAAUUCUCAGGAACCCACGGGAAUCCACAGGAAAUCCACGUGAGUCCGUGGGAAUCCUCAGGAAAUCCAUGGGAAUCUAUGGAGAUCCAUGGGAAUUCACAGGAAUUCAUGGAAGUCCAUGGAGAUCCAUGGGAGUCUAUGGGAAUCCUCAGGAAUUCACGGGAACUCACGGAAAUCCUCAGGAAUUGAUGGGAAACUAUGGAAAUCCUCAGGAAUCCAUGGGAAUUUAUGGAGGUCCAUGGGAAUCCUCAGGAAUCCACAGGAAAUCCAUGGAAUCCACGGGAAUCCACAGAAAUCCAUGGGAAUCCCGCCCCGCACUUCCCACCAACUCCAGAUCCCACAACUCCUCCAUUAUUCCCUCCUGGGUGGGAGCAAAACCAGAGAAUUCCUGCGGUUUUUGGGAAUGUUGGGUCGGCCGGAGCCGGCUCCUGGUGGUCCCACGGUGGUGGCGGUGACAAUGGCAACAAUGGCGAUGGCCAGCAGUGACAGUGACAGCAAGGACAAUGACAAUGACCAACAGUAGUGAUGGUGAUGAUGACCAUGACCAGCGACCAACAAAGGUGACAAUGACCAAUGGUGGUGACAAUGCCCAGUGAAGGUGACAAUGACCAACGAUGGUGACCAUGACCAUGAGCAACAACCAACAAAGGUGACAAUGACACCAGUGACAAUGAAACCAAUGACAGUGACACUGAUGACGACUACACCGAUGACUAUGACACUGAUGAUGACGCCACCACCGAAGGUGCUGUGGCCAGUGCCAGGCCAGGCCCCUCCCCAACCCCCUGCAUGUUUAUUUAACUCAUUCCUGCUCUUUUCUCCCCAAAAAACGCCCCCGAUCCGAAGGCUCCGCUUGAUUAAAGCCAUUAAUUAAUAAUUACUUGUUAAUAAAUAGCAAAGAUGAGGCAGCUCCCAUGGGGUCCUUCCACAACGUCCGUCCGGAUUAUACUGGGAAUUUCCCGGCACCAUCGCUUGGACUUCAAAAAAACCACUGGAUUUUUGGGGUAAAUUCACAGGAAAUUGGGAAAAAGUGGCUGGAGUUCCGUUUUCCCGCCCUUUCGGAGCCACAGGUUUUCAGUUUGGGGUUAAAAAAAGUUGGAUUUGGGGAGGUUUUUUCCGAGACUUUUCAGUUCUGCUGUUGUUUCUGCUUUGUUCAGUGGGAAAAAAACAGGAAAAAUCCCAAAAAUCCCAGCUUGGAUCCGUGCAAAAAUUCCCAAAAAAGCUGUAAAGCCCCAGCUCUUUUCCUGCAGAAAUAAAUCCCCCUCCAGUGGAA